GCCUCUGGUGAAUGGAUUGUACACUUUCCCUUCAAAUACGACAGCAGCUGACGGUGUUCCCGACAUAUUUCUGUCAGAGUUACAGCGUAGAGUUAAAGAUGAAGUCUACAGAAGUGGACCAAGGGCUAUUCACAGACUGCUACUGCAGAGUGUGCAGUGCUCAGCUCAUCUCCGAGUCCCAGAGGGUCGCUCAUUAUGAGAGUCGAAAGCAUGCCAAUAAAGUUCGGCUGUAUUAUAUGUUACAUCCUGUGGAUGGAGGAUGCCCUGCCAAGAAGCUCAGAACAGACAAUGGCAGUGACGAAGGUGACGUGGACAAGAAUAAAUGUUGCACGCUGUGUAACAUGUCCUUCACAUCAGCAGUGGUUGCACAGUCACACUACCAGGGUAAAAUUCAUGCCAAGAGGCUAAAACUGCUACUUGGGGAUCAGCCUGCCAUCACAACCAAAGAGGCAUCUCCCAGUCCUGUAAAGAGCUCUCCAGACACAUCUCCCAUAACCUCUCCACGACACCGACGUGACUCAGAUCGCUACUGCCAACUAUGCAAUGCUUGGUUCAACAACCCAGGAAUGGCCCAACAACAUUACGAUGGUAAAAAGCACAAGAAGAAUGCUGCCCGAGCAGACCUGCUUGAGCAACUGGGCAAGACUCUGGACAUGGGGGAUAUGAAAGGUCUAAAACGAAGCUAUACCUGUGAAGUGUGCAGCAUGUCAUUGAACUCGGUGGCACAGUACCACGCACAUCUGCAAGGCUCAAAGCACCAAAACAAUCUGAAGAAUCAGAUCUGUGACUAGUGAUCAAGAGACAAAUCAACUACACUGGAUUGAUGUCAGACAAGCUGUGCUCAGCUUGCCCUGCUUUUUUCUUCUGCCUCUCUCUGCAGACUGUCUUCAUUCCUGCAUCUGUCUUUCACCAUCAGUUUGGCCUGGCCUGGAAAUUGAAGGAUUUUUGGGAGGGUCUUUAUUACUGUAGCACUGCAUUAGCUAUGUCACCUCAGAGAUGGAGGUUGGGGGACUACAUUUUACAAAACAGUGAAAAAUUAUCUUUGCAUGUCUGGCCACUUGUAUUGAGCGUUGUCAUGACACCUCAGCUGUUUAAGCUGUUGAUUUUCUGCUGCUAGUCAAACACAAUUAAAAUCUGUUGGUUAAUGGCAGCGUUUCUACAUUACAUGCGUUACAAAGGUAUGCUAUACCACCAUUGACUUCUUGAC